AUGCCGGUAGCAACCCAAGCCUGCAUGAAAGGUCUCACGGCUCAGCAAGUCGAAUCGCUCGGCAUUACCCUUCUCUUGAACAAUACCUACCAUCUCGGCUUGCGACCUGGAACGGCCACCCUCGAUAGUGCUGGCGGCGCGCAUCGUUUUCAGGGAUGGCAGCGCAACAUGCUCACAGACAGUGGCGGUUUUCAGAUGGUCUCUCUUGCAAAGCUGCAGACGACCACAGAGCAAGGUGUCGAGUUCGAGAAUCCUUUCAAGCCCGGCGAAAGGGAGCUUCUCACGCCAGAAGAGAGUAUGCGGAUACAGCACAGCAUCGGCGCCGACAUCAUGAUGCAAUUAGACGAUGUCAUCGCAUCGACUACGACUGGACCGCGCAUGGAGGAGGCCAUGCUGCGCUCUGUCAGAUGGUUGGAUAGGUGUAUUCAAGCGCAUAAAGGCCACGAAGCAAAGCAGAAUCUGUUUGCAAUCGUACAAGGCGGCUUAGACGCCCAGUUACGAGACCAUUGCCUAACAGAAAUGCUCAAGCGAGCUGAUGACCUGCCUGGUUAUGCCGUCGGCGGUCUAAGCGGCGGCGAGGAAAAGGGCAUUUUCUGGCAAAUAGUGUCCCAGUGCGCGCAAAGAUUGCCAGCGGACAAGCCACGCUAUGUCAUGGGCGUCGGCUACAGCGAAGAUCUGCUCGUCUGUGUCGCCUUGGGUAUGGACAUGGCCGACUGUGUCUUCCCGACCCGCACGGCACGCUUCGGCAUCGCGUUGACCUUCGACGGCCCGAUGAACCUGCGAUUGAAACACUACGAAAACGACGAUCGAGUCAUUGACGAGUCGUGCCCUUGCCCGACCUGUGACUCUGGCAAAGGUCUCAAGCGAUCCGUGCUUUGGAUGAUUAGCCGGGGCAAGGAGACAGUCGGCGCGCAUGUUGUCACGCUUCACAAUUUGAUGUACCAGCGCCGACUACUCCUACAAGCGAGAGAAGCCAUCAUCAAAGGACGGUACCCGGAAUAUCUACGGACGUUCUUCAGACGAUACUAUGUGACGCAUUCUCGGUAUCCUGCUUGGGCCGUCGCAGCUUUACGAUCAGUGGGCGUAGAUCUCAUGUCCGACGCACCGCCGGAUGUAGAGCCAGCGAAAGAUCCAGCUGUCACGUGGGAUCCGAUAGAAGUAGAUGCAUUGAAGACAUGA